AGGGAAAGACUGCGUGAGAGAAAGACCGAUGCAGCCAGAGAGCACACAGUGACCCACAGCAUCGGAGACGAGAAGAAGACAAAGUAAUCCUGUUGUCAUUGCAGUGUCAGUGUAGUCGUGUCCAGCCAGUCUCCUGCAUUACUGUUCCUGCCCUCCCUCUACUCACUGCUGCCAUGCUGUACCCAGCUCUGCUCUGUUCUGCUCUGCUCCUGAUAGCACCCCUGGGGCACACAGAGGGGCGCACCCUGCACCCCUCACCUGAUGCCAUCCAGUUUGUUGAGCAGUUUCUGGAUCGCUACAACGACCUGACCCUGGAUGACCUGGAGAACCUGGUGAGCAGCCAACCAGAGGAGCCCUCUGCUUUUACUUCCGGGGUCAAAGUCGCUGAGUACCCCAAAUGGGCUGACAUACCAGCACAGGGCGACAGCACCUGGCUCCGCCUCCUGAAGGGGACCCUGGCCAAUCAGAAAAGAGCUGUGACGGACCGGUCGAGGAGGGGGUGGAACCGAGGAUGCUUCGGGCUCAAACUGGACAGGAUCGGGUCAAUGAGUGGACUGGGCUGCUAGUGGAGAGAGCGGAAGGGACUGAUGCCCCUCAGGGGAUAUGAGGACGAACACACAGUAGGCUGCUACACAGCACACAGUCAUUUACACAC